CAGCGUCCAACAUUACCGAUCUAACCGAUUUGUUGUUCUAGUUCAGGAUGCGUGAUGCGUUAUAUUAAAUAGCAAUAUUUUGUAGGAUGUGAAACCGAAAAUUCAAAAAAUGGGUAGAAGUAAAUUUCCGGGGAAGCCAUCAAGACACUGUCAAAAAAAGAGAAUCAAUGUUCUUCCACCAAAUGGGGAAUUAGGCGGCAUAGUGGCCAGUAAUGCCGUUCUGACAGUCAUCAGCACACCCCAGCAAAAUAAACAGGCAGAAGAAAUUCAAGAAAAAGAAAGUGAAAGUGUUUCUCAGUCCCAAGAAGCAAAACGUGCCCCUCAUGCAAAUGUAGUUCGGAAACUUAGUGUCUCUCUCAGGAAAAAUGAGAGAAAAAGAAAUUUUAUUUCAAAAAUAAGAAACAAGUCCACAAAUAUAGCCACUAGGAGAAAUGCACUUUCUAAAACAUUAAGGAGAAGAGAAUCAACAAAUUUUGCUGGGAAAUUUAUUCUACCAACAAGAAGUGUUCACUCAUCGCGAGUUAUCAAACCUAACAAGAGGUUUAUUGACUUAAACGAAAAUUUAAAUGGCAGAAACAAGAUAAUAUCUAAAAGAUCACUUAAGACAAAUGAUGACAGUGAUUCCAUUAAAUGUGAAGAUAAUAGCGUUUCUUGUACAGAUAAAAUGACUUUUACUAAUGGUCACAGAGUUAUCCUACGUCAGGCGCGUCUUAAAUUGCCAAAUCAAAUAGGAACACAAGGUCCUUUUUCCUCUAAAUUGCAUAAUGGGCCAGGAACAAUUAUUUGUGGGGUUUGUGGAGCAGUAAGGUAUUACCGGUUUGUUAAGCAAGCCAGGAAAUUCAACAUUUAUAGCUGUGAAUCAUGCAGAAAGUUUAUCUCAAAGCAAAUUAAAAGGCAAAGUGUUGGGAAUAAGACCUCAAAUGUUAUAUUGCCCUGUCAGCUAGGGCAAGGUACUUGCUAUGUCCCGCCUGUGGUACGCAGUCAGCACUGGAAGAUUACCAAGUGUGCUUACAAAUCAAGAUGUCCAGCAUGUUGGCUAAAAAUGUGUCUAAAGGCCUACCAUUUACCAUCUGCUUUUAAAGAGAAUCUCUUGCAGUUGCUCCCCAUCAAUAUGAGGAGCUUAGACUUAUCAUUUAAUAAUACUCUACCUCCAAUUUUAUGGCAAAAGAAUGUGGAAACACCACAUAAUGCUAAAGUGAAUAUUGAAAUGAAUAUUAAGCAAAGGCCUAUUCGAUUCAGGCCACAAAAAUCUCAAACUCCCGCUCCCGCAAAUGCAGGUCAUGCAAAUUCAGAAAAUAAGAGGCAAAGAAUAGAUUUAAAGGGACCACGUGUUAAACAUGUAUGCAGAAGCGCUUCAAUAGUACUUGGACAACCUAUUGCAACCUUCAGCAAUGGUCAUGACAAAAAAAGUGAUUUGGAUAGCCAAUCAGAAAAAAAAACCAGUGCAGAUGCUAAAACAAAUGGACAAAUAAAGUGCGACAUUAUUAGUGGUAGUGACGAUGACAGCACCAUUUUUGACAAAAACAGUGUGGAUGGAUAUGUAUUUCCUCAAAAAGAAAAAUCGCGUGAUGAUUUACAAACUGCAGAUGUUAAGGACAAAGAUGAAGGCGAAUUUUGCGAUAGCAUUUGCGUAAAUUACUCCUCAGAAAUGAAUUAUGAAAAUCGAUUCAAAUAUGGUUUCUCAGUUAUGGGCACUGAAAAUUUAUUGACAAACCCCAUAUGUUUUUUAUGUGGCAGUGCCGGGUUUGACAAUAUGUUAGUUUGCUCUGUAUGUUGUGAGCCCUACCACAGUUUCUGUGUGGACGCCUUUCCUUCAAAAAGUACCCUAACGGCAGCUCUAGACUGGGUUUGCAUGAGAUGUGCUGAAUGUGAAGAAUGCAAAGGGUCUGAUAAAUAUAAAAUUAGUUGUCCCAAGUGCCGAAAAAUAUAUCAUUAUGAAUGUUUUAAUUCCAAUACAGGAGAUGCUAACUUUAAAAUGCUGUGUAAGGAAUGUCAGAAGUGUCAUGAUUGUGGGUGUGUAAUGGCGUAUAAUUUGUUUUCAUUUCCCGGAAAUAUGGCAUUGUGUCUAACAUGUAUCGACAAAAGAAAAGAAGGAAUGUAUUGUCCAAUUUGUCAUCACUCUUUUGAAAGUAACAGUUGGUCAUGUCGGGUAUUGGGGUGUUCCAAAUGUCAAAAAUGGAUACAUUCCGAAUGUGAGAAGUUGACUAGCGAGCAGUAUGAUAUAUUAAAACUACUUCCGACCUCUACUAGUUUUACAUGUAGUCAGUGUUUGAAUGGUUCAGAGAUGCUAUGGCAUAAAUCGCUGAAGAAGGUGAUGUGUUCGAGCUUUAGUAACGUGAUUAGAUUGCUAGCCAAAAAUAAAAUGGCGAAGAACAUAAUUAAAAGUAACAAAAAUCAGCCGGGGAGAAUAAAAUCGAGCCUGGGUUCAAAAAAAACUCCAGAGGUGGAAAAACUUGACGAGGAUAAUAACAAUUUUAAAAAACAAUUAAAUCAUUCUAAUUCGUGUGAUGCAUUCGAGUGCUGCGAUGAUGUUGAUCAACUUUUAAUUAACAACAUUAAAACCGUGCAGAAUAUUAAAAGCAAACUCUGCAACUAUAACUCAGUAAAAAAAUUUAAUGAGGACAUGGAAGAAGCUCUAAAACGCUUUCAUUCAGAUCAGAUAUUGAAUAUAUACAAAAAAAUUUUUCAAAAUGUAUUCCCGUGGUUUACAGAUAGCCACGAAGUGAGUGAAAGUGAUUCAAAAUAUUUUCAAUGCCAUAGCCCAUCACAUAGUAGAGAAGCGAAUUUUUUCUUGUUCCCUCUUCCCAAGACGAACGAUAUUAGAAGCUGCGUACUAUGCGGCAAGGUGGGGGAUGGUCUCGUACAUCAAGAAUCACGAUUGCUUUUCUGUGGUAAUAAUUCUUGGGUUCAUCUUAAUUGUGCGUAUUGGUCUUUUGAAGUGUAUGAAGAAAUAGACGACCAUUUACAAAACGUAGUCGAAACUAUAGAAAAAUGUCGUAACAUUAAUUGUACAGGUUGUAAUGCCGUUGGUGCAAGCAUUCAAUGUUUUAUUUGUAAAGACGACAGCUUCCAUUUUAUGUGUGCCAGGAAAAAUAACUGGUCCUUCACAAAUAUUAAUAAGGGUUGUUUUUGUCCAAAACAUAAUUUUAUCCCUGCCCAUACAAUUUUAAAGAAUGACGAAGAUUUUGAAAUAAACAGAAGCAUUUUUAUUGAGCAAAUCUCGAAACAGGAGCUUCGUUUGGAGGCUGAAGAAGUGGUCUGUUCUGUAGGAUCUCUCAGAAUCAGUAAACUGGGUAAAGUGGAACCUAUUCUUUCAAAUAGCUCUGAUGUUAUUGUUCCAGUGGGUUUUGUUUGCUCUAGAAUAUUUUGGUCUACUAUUGAACCUUGGAAGUUAAUUCCAUAUUUAGUUACCACUUCAGUUCAAAAUCCAAAUUUUACUACGUUAACAGUCGAUAAAAACUUCACCAUAGACCAUAGUUUGGAUAGCACCCAAGUUGAGAAGGCGAUGAGGGAGUUAUAUCUGUGGCAAAGAGAACACGUCAAACAAGGGGAUGAUGUGGAAUCAGAAGAUGAAGAAGAGAAAAAUGGAACAGAACUUCUCUCUCCAGAACUAACAGAUACUAUUUUGGAGGACAUUCCUCAUGAUAUUCUGGAUGGAAUAUCUGUUCAAGACAUAUUUCCAAACUUUAGCUAUGAAGACGUUUUAAGUUUUGACAGUAAUAAUACUGACAACAAUGCUGACACAUUUGUCAAAAAAGUCGAUGAAGAAGAACACAUAGAUUUGGAUUCUAAAUGUAUUAAAACUAGAUCCGAACGCAUCCCUCGCGUAGCACCACUAAGCCUGGCUUUAAAUUGCAAACUAGAUACAGCGGUACCAAAAAGGCAAAAAAUGCUGCUAUUGCAAGUGGACGGUACUUUUGACGAGAGUAGUUCUAGCGAAUGCGAAUCGCCAACUGACGCAUCAUCAUUUGGAGUUUGGAAAUCUUCUGAAGAACCAGUUACUUGCGACAAGUGUCAGUGUACAUAUAGAACGCAAGCUAGCUAUAAAAGGCAUUUGGAUUCUUGCGAAGUAAUUUGUACAAGUGAAAGUGAUUCUGAAAAUUUUGCAGAAUUUGAAGCUGAUGGAGAUAAUAUUACGAAUCCAAUUGUUGUGGCCGAUGAAGCACCACAAACCAUCCAACCCCUUAUGAUAUCGUCGUUUGAGUCCUACCAAAGUCAAGUCCAAACUUCUUUGGUAAAUGUUAUCCCAGAAGCACAAUCACAACCGCAACCCGUCACUAUCCAACCCACUUUGACACUAAAUGAAUCUCAAAACGCGUCUGCAAUUUCAUUACCAGUACCUAUUUGCGUAGGAACGCCAAUUGUUCAACCAUCAAUCGAAUUUCAACAACCACAACCCCAACCACAGGUGACACUCCAACCAGUUUUGGUUCAAAGACAGCGACCUCCAAGGUCUGACCCUACUGCCCCUAUUAUUGUACAACAUUUACAACCCACUCCUACUACCGGAGUUUUUCCAUUUAUGGAUACGUUUCAGCAACCAGCGGCUAAUAACAUUCAAUAUGUAACCACUAUAACACCAGCUCCUGUAAAUCCUGUCCCCACACAACAGUUGGUACAAAUUCUUCCUAGUUUGCAGCCCACUACUGUGAUUGUCCAACAACCUCAACAGUUUGUGCUGGAUAGCAGCGGUACUUUAAGCUGGACUCAGCCUCCUCCUCAGCCUAUUUACUAUGGUUUUGAGACCAUUGUUCAAAAUACUGUUAUGCAAAGUCAGCAGUUUCUGCCUAACACUAUGUCUGGGGUGUUAACGGCUAAUAGUAGUUAUAGCACCACUACUCAGGUAUUUCAGACAAGCAAAUUGGAGCCGGUAAUAGAUAUGUCUUCAAAUGGGUUUUUAUUUGUCAACCCUCAACAAUUAGAGUUAUCGCAAUACGCACAUAAUCCCAUAGCUGCUCCUACUGUAGUAACAUCACAACCUUCUGCUUUAAUUUAUUCUCAGCCAUCUGUAGUACAAAAACCCAUUCAAUCGUCACAUAGUAAUUGUAUAAGCCUUCCUAAUGCACCCUUCGUAGCCGAUCAGGGUAUUCCCAUGAAUAUAGUUCCUCCCAUUCCUAAACAGCCUAGUUCUCAUACUCGCCCAAUGAGCAGGGUUCUUCCGAUGCCAACGAAAGCUGUAAAAGUUCCCAAAAAAAGUGUCGAAGACAUCAAAAUAUUUGCUGACGAUAGGUUGAUCGAGAAAGCGUCCUUAUUAAAACUCGACGAUAAGAAAAAAAUGUUUGCCAAGGAAAUGUUAAAGGUGAUCGAUAGCCCAAAAACUAAAAUGCCGAGAUUGUUGGAAAAUGCCGAAUUUAAACUGAAUAAUGUUCAAGUGACUAUGAAUGUAUCGCGUAUCACUAACAAAGCCGAGGAACUACGUUUCAAAGAAUUUGAACCGGCCGAAAAAAUUCAGAAAUUACUUUCAACGGACGCUGUAGUUGCAGAAAUUGAAACGCCUAAAUUAGAUUUAAUUAAGAAACCAGUAAAGUUACAGCCAGACAAGAAAUCCAUUCAAACGGAAGCUGUGAAACCCUUGGAGAUGCCUGAUAUUAGUUACAAUCCUUUAGAAACGCAAAAGGCAACUCCCGUAGAUCACGCAUCAUUCGCUAAAAUUAACUCUAUCGAUCAUUUCGAACUCCGAAAAGUAAAUAAAGAAACGUUGUAUAAAUUUAAAGAAGACGUUCCAAAAUUUGAAAGUGAUAAAAUUACGGUCACUGACAUCAAAAUCGAUAAUCUGCUUAUUAAUGAGUCACAAAUUUUUGCCGAGGAAAGUAAUUGUAAAGUAAAAAUUGUUAGUAAGCAACCGACAUUAAUUGCACCUCUUAGACCGCUUAAACCUCAUGCACAGUUAAAAGAUGAACUCAAACCACAAGAUGUAGUAAAACUUCCUUUAGUCUCAGAACCAUUACCUCCGAAACAACCGUCAAAUAAACGGGAACCAGAACCAAAUCACUCGCCUUCCAUAUUAUACACAGUUGAAAACAAAGAGGGUUUUAAAUUUUCUUCGACCUCUAUAACCGAUUGCUGGACGAAAGUUAUUGAAGCCGUUCAGCAAGCACGCGUGGCUCACAAUAUGCCCCCUUUGAAAAUACCCCCGGCUGACAUGCUCAAAUCCGUCCAAUUGUUGGGUCUGAAAUCCAACCAUCUUCGAUAUCUCAUUGAGCAAUUGCCUGACGUUUCAAAAUGUCGCAAAUAUAAACCUCUCUUUAAUUUUUCUCCGCACCAAAAUAACGCGGAAAAGGCUGAUCACCCUUAUGGUUCGGCAAGAUGUGAACCAUGUCGAACUAAAAACGCAGAACCUUAUGACAUGUUCCGUUGGCUUUCGUCGAAACACAGACAACCAUUCAAUACCUCCUUAGAUCAACAAAACAUGCAGUCUAGGAGGGUUAAUAACUUACCGAUGGCUAUGAAGUUUAGAAACCUAAAACUCACGUCCAAAUGGUCAGUUGGUGUUUACAGGUCCAAUAUUCACGGGAGAGGGUUGUUUUGCUUAAGGGAUAUUGAACCCGGCGAGAUGGUUAUCGAAUACGCGGGAGAAGUCAUAAGGUCAGUGCUGACAGAUAAGAGGGAGAAGUUGUAUAAUUCGAAGGGGAUCGGUUGUUACAUGUUUAGAGUAGAUGAUAACUUCGUGGUUGAUGCUACCAUGAAAGGCAAUGCGGCUAGAUUCAUCAAUCAUUCAUGUGACCCAAAUUGUUACUCGAAAGUGGUGGAAAUUUUGGGCCACAAGCAUAUAGUGAUAUUUGCUUUACGUCGGAUUUUAAGCGGUGAGGAAUUGACUUACGAUUACAAAUUUCCAUUCGAGGAGGACAAGAUACCGUGCACUUGUGGAGCGAAACGAUGUCGACAGUUUUUAAACUGAUUUUAUAUUUAAUGUAAAUAUUAGUUAUUAGUCAAUGUUGAUUUCGCGGCCUUCUCAACAUUCAGUGUCUCUUGUAAAGAGAAUAAUGUAACUGUUGAACAGAUAUAUUGUAAAAUUGUACAUUUCCUUUUUGUAUUUAUGAUGUUUAUAACGAUAAUUUUAAUUUAAAUGUGCUAAUUUCUUUAUUAACAGCACCUUUAUCUGCCAUUAAAGCAAAUACAUUUUUAAAAUAAUAGAGAUAAGUUUUGUAGUCAGUAUUUGAAAUUUUGUAAGAUUCGGCUGUGAGUAAUUCAUGCAUUUGUGUCAUUGGCAGGAUAGGUGGCAUACUUUACUGAGAGUUAAAUAUUAAGAAUAUCUAAUGUGAUACGUUGCAUAGUUUUGAGAAAUUUCUUUCAAAUUAUAGUAAUCUAACAAGCUUGGAUCUAAGAAUGUAAUUUUUCAAACUUUCUGCAUAACAAUGCCUUUUAACUAUUGUCGUAUUAAUGAUGAUUUUUUGUUGAAUAAAGUUUGUAGUUUUAAAAACUUUUUGUAGUAAAAGAAAUCUAUAUAUUUAUAUGUAAUCUAUUUAUUUUUGUAAAGAGAUAAAUACAUGUUUAUUAUCUCUUGAGUAUAUUUUUUCUCAUUUUUAAGUUCCGUACUGUUUAUUUUAAUAUUUUAUUUCGGUAAUUCUUACGUUUGGUAACGUUUUAAAGGCACUGCAGCGCUUCUGUACUGGAUUAUAAUUUUGUAGAUUGUAUUUGAAUAUGUCCCAUAGACAAUAGUUUACACACUUGAGAUUUUGUUUCGACUUAAGUAAGGAUGGUACUUUUCAGUGCUGCAUCAAACCUACGUGUACAAGACUAUUUUCAAUAUACUUUAGAAUUAGCUGUAAUACUUUAAUGACAAUAUUAACAUAUCAUUAGAAUUUCAUCGGUGGAAAAUUAAUUCCACCGCAUGAUACGAGGCCUUGUCAAGUAGUCCGAAUUGUUUUUUUGAGGAUAAUUAUCCAGUGUCUUAAAAUCCAGGGUUAAUAACAAACGCGAUGCGUCUUCGCGGCUUGUUAUUUAGCCUUUUGGAAUUUUGAAUAAUUAUAUUUUAUUAGUCAGGGGUAUGACUGGUGCUUUUUUACUUGCAUUGUUUUUAGCAGCUGUGUUAUAAACAUGUAUUUAUAAUGUCGAAUAAAUGAUAUUAUGCACCGUUGACUUUUUUUACCCGCUUCGAGACAAAUUUAAACGAUUGCAAAUAGUCGCCGGUAGGAAUACGAAAAUUAUAUAAAUAAAUAUAAAAAACAUAUUUUUGCAUAAUGUAAUCUUGUUUCCAAAA